GCCGAACAGAGGGAGGGUGGUAAAAAAAGAUCAACUCGCUCCUUGUUGAGUGGGGAAGCUUCACGGCGCGAGAGGCAAACCGGGAUAUAUUUUUAUUUAUUACCCCCUUCCUUCACGUCUCUCGGCUCACUGCAAAAAAAAGAGAAACAAACGCACGUUUGGUAUCCAGCAGCUGGAGCGAAUCGCGUCUGAUGUGAAAGUGGGAUCGUGGGAGAUUGGGUCACUCAAAGCCGAGCGAAGGAUGGACAGAGUCAGCCGCGUGCUGAACGUCGUAAGGCAGAUGUCCCCUAGGAAAAGGGAACGGGGGUCUCAUUGGGAGGCGGAGAGUCCGGAGACCUGCGAGGAGAGUCUGUGCUCUCUCAGCCUGUGCAUCAGCGAUGAUGGCCCGUACUCCAAAGGGAACAAGGACUCAACAGGGCCCGACAACUCGCUCAUACCCAGAAGACAAAGCAUCCCAGAAGAGCUGCGUGGGGUCACCCUGGUUGAGCUGAUUAAGAAAGAGGGAAGCACUUUGGGUCUUACGAUCUCAGGCGGGACGGACAAGGACGGCAAACCCCGCGUCUCCAACCUGCGACCUGCUGGACUUGCUGCUAGGAGCGAUCAACUCAACGUGGGCGACUACAUCAAGUCAGUGAACGGCAUUAAUCUGACCAAACUGCGUCACGACGAGAUCAUAAGUCUUCUGAAGAACGUCGGCGAACGCGUUGUGCUGGAAGUGGAGUAUGAACUGCCGUCAGCUGCACCAGACAGUACCUCAGGUGUUAUCUCCAAGACAAUCGACAUCUGUUUGCAGAAAGAGGGAAACAGCUUCGGCUUCGUUAUGAGAGGGGGCUCCCACGAGGACUGGCUCAAAACUAGACCCUUGGUGGUGACGCACGUUCGUCCAGGAGGCCCUGCCGACAGAGAAGGGACACUUAAAGUGGGUGAUCGGAUCUUGAGUGUGGACGGUGUGUCAUUACACAAUGCCAGUCACAGCGAUGCCCUCACCGUACUGACCCAGUGUGGCCAAGAAGCCCUGUUUCAGAUCGAGUAUGACGUCUCCAUCAUGGACUCUGUGACAAACGCUUCAGGUCCUCUGCUGGUGGAGAUCGCCAAAUCACCUGGAGCGAGUCUGGGAAUCACACUGACUUCUGCUAUGCAUAGGAAUAAGCAGGCCAUCGUCAUCGAGAAGAUCAAAGCUGCCAGUGUGGUGGACAGGUCAGGAGCGUUACACGUGGGCGAUCACAUUCUGUCUAUAGAUGGGACCAGCACAGAGCACUGUUCAGUUCUGGAGGCGACACAGCUGCUGGCCAGCACCUCUGAUCAGACCAAACUAGAGAUCCUGCCUGCUCACCAAACCCGCCUGCCCGGAAAACCCCAGGACACUGUUAAAAUCCUGAAAAGCGACCACCCUCACUGCUGGGACCCCUGUGUGAAUUAUUGCCAGUCUCAACAUCCUGCUCACUGUAAAACAGGAACGUGGACCUCUGGUUCCAGUAACCCAUCCAGCUCUCAGGAUUACUGUAAAUCGGUAGUCUGCACUAACUUCUCUCCGGGCUCCACCACCACAUCAGGCAUGACCAGUCAGGGAUCCAACACGCUGCCCCGUACUGCCCCUCCCAUGAGCCCACGAAACUCAAUGCUCAAAAGGAGACAGAGGAAGAAAGAGAGCAAGAGCUCGUCUGUAUCUUUAGCUUCAAGUUCUGUUGGUCCCGGAGGUCAGAUAGUGCACACAGAGUCCAGUGAGAUCACACUGAGAGGAGACCCUCUAAAUGGCUUUGGGGUACAGCUACAAGGUGGGAUAUUCGCAACGGAGACCCUCUCUGCCCCUCCUCUUAUCCGCUUCAUAGAGCCCGACAGCUCAGCCGAAAGGUGUGGACUGCUCCAGGUUGGUGAUCGAGUUUUAUCCAUUAAUGGGAUUCCUACAGAAGAUGGAACGCUGGAAGAAGCCAAUCAGUUGCUUCGGGAUGCUGCUCUGGCCAAUAAAGUCGCACUAGAGAUUGAGUUUGAUGUGGCAGAGUCAGUUGUGCCUAGCAGUGGAACUUUCCAUGUGAAACUGCAGAAGAAGAGAGGAGUUGAACUGGGCAUCACUAUCAGUGCCAGUAAGAAACCGGGAGAGCCUCUUAUCAUCUCUGACAUUAAAAAAGGCAGCAUGGCUCACAGAACAGGAACUCUGGAGCCAGGAGACAAGCUGUUAGCCAUAGAUAACAUCCGUCUGGAGAACUGCUCCAUGGAGGACGCUGUCCAGAUCCUGCAACAAAGUGAAGACCUGGUAAAGCUCAAGAUACGCAAGGACGAAGACAACUCAGAUGAGCAGGAGUCAACAGGCUCCAUCAUCUACACGGUGGAGCUCAAACGGUACGGCGGCCCGCUGGGCAUCACCAUCUCCGGCACAGAGGAGCCUUUUGACCCCAUCAUCAUCUCGGGCCUGACCAAGAGGGGUCUCGCUGAGAGGACUGGAGCCAUUCAUGUUGGGGAUCGAAUUUUGGCCAUCAACAGUGUGAGUCUGAAGGGUAAACCAUUGAGCGAAGCCAUACAUCUGCUGCAGAUGGCAGGAGAAACCGUCACCCUUAAAAUCAAGAAACAGACUGACUCACCUGAUGACAAGAAGAAAGAUAGCGACCUGGAUAAUGAUCUUAGCGAUAAUGAAGACGACAUGACCGACUCUCAGAAAACCAAUAAGCUGUCAGAGAUUUACUCUACCACCAUUCCCAGUGUUGACUCGGCUAUGGAAUCGUGGGACGGCUCGGGCAUUGAUGCUGGUUAUAGCAGCCAAGGUGCAUACAUCCAUCAGGCAGCUGGCAUAGCAUUACACCCUCAUGAGUGGCGUAGCAGCAAGCAGAGAAACAACACCGUCCCUCCCACCCGCCGCAAAAACUACCCCUUCAGUGACGGAGGUUUCAGCGAAGAUGACUGGGACAAAGCUCCUGGAUAUGCCGGGCAACCGCAUGCAGACGGUCUUCUGUUGGAGCAGGACGACAGCUUUUGGUGCCAGGCCCUGGAAGACCUGGAAACAUGUGGGCAGUCCGAGCUACUGCGCGAGAUUGAGGCCUCGAUAAUGACCGGCAGUGCCCUGAGCCUGGGCGUAGAAGGUGGAAAGUCUCACGGCGAAGCGGCCGGCCAACCGCACCUGAGCCCUUUGCGGAAAACUCCAAACCUUUACAAUGAGUCCAAAAACAAGAGCACCUUCCGCAUGUCCGAGAAGACCUGGGAGUCACGGAGGAUCAAAGAAGAGAUUCAGGAUAUCUUGUCACCAACGCCUUUAGAACUACACAAGGUGACGGUGAUGAAAGACCCGGAGAGCGACGACUUUGGAUUCAGCGUAUCAGACGGUUUCUUGGAAAAGGGUGUUUACGUGAACAUGAUCAGACCAGAGGGACCGGCGGACCGUGCUGGACUCAGACCCUACGAUCGGAUCCUCCAGGUGAACCACGUACGGACGCGAGAUUUCGACUGCUGUUUAGCCGUGCCCCUCAUCACAGAAGCCGGAGACAAACUUGAGCUUGUUAUUAGCCGAAACCCAUUAGCACAGCCGGAUGACCCCCAGCCCCAUGACUGCCAUCCUCACUUCACUCCUCUAGUUCAUUCCCGAGAGCACCAGACCAGCACACUGGACCUGUGACCGUUGAGACCGUAACCACACUGGGUCAUUUAUUGCAAAAGACCAUCACAAUGAGCCAUGAUUCAAUCUAAUAUUAUCCAGAAUUUGAAAGAUUACGUGGAGGAAUUACUGUAUGAAAAUAAAAGACACUUUUUAGCACAGUACUGGAAAGGAUCUGAGCCAGUUUUUAAAACAAACUGAAGCAAAACAAUAAAGACUUGGACUAAUACAAUUCAUACUGUAUAAGGACUUCGCCUCGUCGAAUUCAAUUAAUUUGUUCUACGUCCAAAUGUUUACAGAAAGAUCCUGCUGUUCCCCAUUCCCGUAAGCAAUUUUUGUGUAAGUGAUGUCUUGGUUUUAUUUAACUUUUUUCAAUUUUAAAUAUUUACUUGUUUUUUUUAGGACAAUACAAACUGUGCCCAAAUGUUUACAAAACACAAAAGGAUUCUGCUUUAUGAGUAGACCUCCGUCAGACUGAAUUCUUGUUUUUCCGAAACCUAUAUUUCUUUGUGUUUUUAAUAAUAUUGUUUGAGACACUGCAGGAAUAUCUUCAGACACAUACAACUACAAUAAACAGACAAAUUACCACUUUUUUUGCACACUAUAACAAACAAAUGAAAAAUUUGCACAUAAAAACACACACAAACACUUCAAACAACAA